AAGAAAAGUUUGAUCAUCAGUCACUCACCGACAUUUAAACUCAGCCGUGCGCGUUCACGUCCAAGAUUUGGAGAUGUCGGUGCCGUCUCUGCGCGCCUGGUGGCGGAGAGAAAAGUAUUUUGUCUCCUAGAAGGAAUCGAAAUAAAAGGACAAAAUGUUUAGAUAAGCGGCCAUACCAUAAUCAAGCUCGGACAAUCAGACAACCCUGAUUGGAUUCUUUUCCUCUCGAACGAGUUGCUGCCUGCAGCCGCUGUGGGAGCCAGAGUCGCCAUGGAGACAGUGGUGAUCGUGGCCAUUGGGGUGUUGGCCACCAUUUUCCUGGCCUCCUUUGUCGCCCUGGUGGUGGUGUGCAGACACCGCUACUGCCACCCUCACCACCUGCUGCACCACUUCGACUCCAAACCCACGGUGGAUCUGAUUGGAGCCAUGGAGACCCAGAGUGAGCCGUCUGAGCUGGAGCUGGAUGAUGUGGUCAUCACCAACCCUCACAUUGAGGCCAUCUUGGAGAACGAGGACUGGAUUGAGGAUGCCUCUGGAUUGGUCUCUCACUGCAUCUCAAUCCUAAAGAUCUGCCACACUUUGACUGAAAAGCUGGUUGCCAUGACAAUGGGUUCAGGGGCAAAGGUCAAAGCACCGGCCAGCCUGAGUGACAUUAUCACUGUGGCCAAACGCAUCAGCCCAAGGGUGGAUGAUGUGGUCAGAUCCAUGUACCCUCCUCUGGAUCCAAUCCUCCUGGACGCCAGGGCCACCGCUCUCCUCCUUUCAGUCAGCCACCUGGUUCUGGUCACCCGCAAUGCCUGUCACAUGUCCGGCAGUAUGGACUGGAUCGACCAGUCGCUCAACGCGGCUGAAGAUCAUAUGGUGGUUUUGCGUGAGGCGGCGCUGGCCUCUGAACCGGAUCGAGGCAUACAUGGAGCUGACGCACAGAGAGAACAGGCCAUCUAGACAUCUAAACACAGAUACAAACAUGAAGGGCAGAAAAACGAAAAUGUCUAUUUUAUCAUUGGGCUUCUGUACUCAAUUAAUACUUACCAUGGCACAUAUUCUGCCAGACAGUGUUGAAAAUGCCUAAACUCAUCUACCAGUCCAUAUUAACAAGGACACUUCUAAAGGCUGUGCCAAUAGUUGCAGGGACUUGACUAUGUUUCAUUUUCACAUUACAAAGCCUUGAAAAUAGUUUCUUUAUCAUAUUUGCACCAGAAGUGUUUAAGAAUACUUUGCAUUCACUAUAGCUACAUAGUAAUAGCUGCAAAGUAGAUUUAACACAUUCAAAUACAUGUUUUUUUUUGUUGUAUUUAACCGUAGUUGGUCUGUUUAAGCUGCCUGCGAGAAAAAAGGCCUUUGGAAAUUUCUUUCUCGGGUGCACCAUCACCCAGCGGUGGGCCUAAAUCCAAUCUCGCUAGCACUGCACAGUCACAUGGAGGCUUAGUCAGCUAAUCCAUUCUGAGGAAAAUAACAUCCAGUUAGCCAGUGAACCCAAAGGGGCUCCAUCUCAGUGUACCAAUGGAACACCAACCUUACAAUUUGUGGGGUCAGCGUAACUUGUGGAUGUUCUAAAACAUCCCUCAGAUACUUAUUUUUUUUUUUUUUUUUAACGCCAUUAGAUCACCAGUCUGUGAGUUGUAACCACACAACAGCUGUAGUUUUAGCCACAUCAGCAGCAGAGUAAGAGUUUUUCCAGUUGAGUUAAUGCCCUAAUGUCCCAUUGCUGUAUUGUAUUAUAUUUAAUUGAGGCUGUUAUUGAUGGAGAACCAUCACUUUGGUCCACACUGAAACAUCUCAGCAUCUACUCGAUGGAUUAGCACAAACAUUUGGACAGACAUUCAUGGUUCCCAGAGGAUGAAUCCUAAUGACUUUGACCUUUCAUCUAGCGCCACCAGCAGGUCUACAUUUGCGGUUGUGAGUGUCUCGACAAUUUGGAAUGCCAUGAAAUUUGGCACAGCUCAUGUUCCCCACAGGAUGAAUCAUAAUUACUCUGGUAAUCAAUUUUCAUAUAGCGCUGGUAAUUUAUCAAAUGCCUGCAUAAGUAAAGACAUUGUCAUCAGCCUGUACUUUGUGUUUAGUUGUAAUUGGUAAACAUUAAACAUCAGCAUGUUAGCAUUGUCAUUGUGAGUACGUUAGCAUGCUGAUGUUAGCAUUUAGUUCAAGUACAGCCUCACAGAGCUGCUAGCAUGGUUCUUGUUUUUCCCUGUGUUUUCUGAAAGUCAGUGCUAGUCAGUGAAUCAAGAAAAACUUUAAUUCAACAACAAAAAUGUUUAAAAAAAAAAAAAGGUAAAAUGUUCUACCAUAUUCAACUGUAGCUGCUGUUUCUAUCUACAUUCCUCCAGAAAUAAGGAUAUUAUACAAAUACCAAGCAAGACAUUUUAAGUACAUCAUCAUUAGCUGUUAUCAGAAAUAUUGAGCUUUAACACACACUAUAGAGAGAUACAGUAUAUCUUUGUGUAUCGUUGUGUUGAAGAUGCAGAAUUAUCAUGUUGUUUUGGGGCCAGAGGGAUGUUAUUGGAGCAUGUCUACCUGCUCUCCCAUGCAUAGCUAAUAUUCAAUCCCCAAGGAGUCCUAAUAAGGCAUUACCCACAGCCACAAUGAACACAUGGGCUUAAGCUACAAUACACAUGGCACAAACCUUUGUACACACAAGGCUGGCAGAUACAUGACCACAUUUAGUACAUCAUAUGACACACGACUGUAAAAUACACAUCAUAGAUUAUGGAGUCAAAUACACUUGUUUUAAGAUUUUGGUAACAAUCAGGAAGAAAAGCCGCCAUUUUUUAAAAUCUGUUAACUGAAAUUAAGCAAAAACUGUAGCUCUGAGCAUGCAGAGAUGUUUGGAUGCAAAAGUAUCGAUCAAAGAGGAAACCUUUAGAAAGUGGUUAUCCUUUUAUUUUAUUUUAUUGUUUACAUUGUUUAUUAGCAUUGGUCUUUUUUAUGCACUCCUUUGUUUUCUCAUCCGUAUACCACAGCUUGUUACUGGUAUCCUUCCCUCACUCCCACACUCCUUUUUUUAUCUUUCAUUGAUUUAUACAGAUAAAAUGUUUCAUAGGAAAAUGUGUUUUUGUUGUUGCUCUGAACAAUAGCUACAGAGAAAUCAAUGUCUGAUUAAAAAGUCCACACACUCAUACUAAUUUGACAUAAAUAAAAGUGAAUCUCUUUCCUCUUUU